ACGUACUCCCCUGACUUCGAUCAAACUCUCUUCCUUCAUCAUCCGAAAAAAAAGGUUCAACGAGAAGCGAACACGACAUUCUCUACACAGUAGAAGCCUUAUAUACGUUUUGACUCCCCACCAUCGUCGCCAAGCAAACUGUCCGCGCCUUUGAACAUUUCUGCGAUACUGUACAUAUAUCGACCCCCUUGUCUGCUGAGUAAUUCCGCCAGUGGAUGGACUGGAACCCCGAAUUCCUGACCAACCCCUGUCCUCCCAUCCAAGCUCGCCCUCUGCCACUCUCUCGGCUUCGGCCUCUCUGCCUUCGCCCACGGACGAACGAAGGGGACGAACGUGCGGACGUACCUACGCACUGGACUGGUCGAUAGACGACACUUGGUCACUGACAUCGCAUGCAACCUCAAGCCUUUUCUUCAACGCGCACGUUAGAGGAAACUCAGGAUAACGGUGCCGGCAUCCUGUUAUCUGAAAGCCGCGUAGGAAGUCGGUUCUGCUGCAGCUUGCACCCCCUCAUUAGCCCCCUCUCGUUACCGUAUUAUCCGACCAUUCCGAAACCGAGCGUCGCUGGCUGACAGACGGGACAAACACUCAGCUCCUCGGACGUGUUGUUGGCCAUUGUGCGUGCCUGCGCCCACGCCUACAUCUACCUUGCCUGUCCUUGCACCUAACCAGCGCGCAAUCUUUGCUCCGACGGCGCGCGGACCUCACCUGAGGCGGCAGGUAUUAUUGACCUGUUCCCCGCGACGAGCCCCAGCCAGCCAUGCCCCUUCCUUGAGACAUGGCCUCCUUAAUCAAUAAAAACAGAAAGCCAAAGUUUGAGCUACACCUAAAGAUCUACGACCUGAACAACGUCCCGCUGGUAUCCGGAACAUCAAUCGUAAAAUGGCAUCUCUCGCACUCCAUCCACGCUGAGCACCGGGGGCGGACGCCGAAAUGCCCCAUAUCCAACCACAAGGUUGAGUACAACUACUCCAAGAUGGUCAGCCACAUUCGGAUCAGCAUCGACAAGAACAACAACCUGACCGAGUGUCCCAUCGAAUUCGAGGUCCUGCAAGAGUUUCCUGGCAGCGGGCGCGAGGAGAAGAUCUCGCUCGGCAUUGUCAAGCUCAACCUCAGCGAGUAUGUCGAGGAGAGCGAUGGUCUCGCCCGCGAGAGCAUGAGCUUUGAUCGCGGUCACUCGCGCAAGCGUAGCAGCGGCACCAGUCAGAGCCCCAUAUCGCCCAGGGCCCCGAUCAUGGACGAGCCGGAUGUCGUUGACGGCAUCGUAAGGCGUUACCUCAUGCAGGAGAGCAAAAUCAACAGCACCCUGAAAAUUGGCAUCCUGAUGCUCCAGCUUGACGGCGACAAGAAUUAUUCUGCGCCCCCGCUGAGGACCGCGCCUGUCUUUGGAGGGAUUGCCGGUAUCGUUGCAGGCGAAUCGGUUGAGCAAGACGACGCUGGGCAACUCCCGACAAUGGCCAAAUCCCGCGACGCCUCCGAAGUGCAGGACAUGUACCGCCGCGCCCUUGCAGCUUCCUGGUCCUGCCAACCCGGCGAGCUCCCCGCCGACCAAUGCAUCGAAGACAUCUUCUCCGGUGGCGAUGGCUGGCGGACAGGUCGUCAGGGACGUACCGGCAAAAAGACGGCAACUUUUGACCUCGACAACAGCGGUUCCCUGAGUUCCGACGAUGGUGGCAUGAGCGGCACCCUCCGACCUUCGGAUUUCCGCAAGAUGGAGCGGAGACAGCAGCAGGCACAGCAGCAACAGCAGCAACAGGAUCUGCCUCAACAAGACCAUCUCCACCUCCACCGCCUCCACAACGGUCACCGCCACCACUCGCGCAACAACAGCGGCUCCAGUGAUAGGAGCAUGAGGAGCAUGACGACCAUCGUCACGGGCCGCGGUGACACCGCCAGCAGCACUGCCGGAGCGAGCAACGUCGCCCGUCGGGGAUCCCACAGCCGCCCUCGGGGCCGAGAGGGGGAAGGCGGCGCCAACGGCCGCAGCUACGGACGCUCGAGGAGCCGCAGCGGCAGCAUUGUGAGCCUGGCCCCAACGAUGGGUAGCAGCGAUCGCGGACGUGGGGCGUCAAGGCGGAAUAGGGAGCUCGAAGAAUUUGACGUGCGGGACGAUCUCGUCGCGUGGAGGUUGCCGGGCGCUGUCACAUAAAUGCAGGGGAUACGGUACAUGACAGACACGUAGAGGGGACCAAAGGUUCCCAUCACCUAGGUUUUGUUCCAUUGCCCAGGUUAUAGCGAGGUGUUGGUGGGCAGGCGUUCGUUUUCUUCAUUGGCGAUGAUGCUCCCUUUCCUUGUCUUCUUCCAUGGAUAAUGCAUUGCUGGGGUGUUUUGUUUCUUUAUGCACAGCCGGUACGCACAGCUAGUGGAAACUUGUACUUUUUUAUACUGUUUUUUCGUCUCUCUUCUUGGUUUGCCUUGCCAGUUGCAGCGAUUUACGGGUUUAUUUGCGCAUUCAUUGUACCCAGGGUUCUGGAAAACGCCCCACAAGUCUUUAAAAGCAUCCAGGAAACCCCAUUUCCUAAAGCAAAAUCAAAAGACUUGUAGGAAGCUCACAAUGUCUAUACGACUUCUUGAAUGCUUUUACGUCCUCACUCUUGCUCUAUGUUCCAGUUCCGUUCAUUCCCAUGUCUUGUGGACCGUUCCCUUUCCCCUUCCCUGAAAUCCAU